AUGAACGCAGUCCGCCUUUCUCACCGCUUUGCAAAGCCACUCCGACAGUCAUGCAUCCGGUCUUACACGACCCUCAGUGAACUACCUCCACUACCACCUCUUGAAGAAUGGCGGCAUCAUUUCACUGUAGGCACGAAUUACAGCAGGGAGAACGUCUCCCUAUGGAACCCGCACACUGCCGCCAGAAUCGCCCAUUCUUUCCUGUCUAACCCGAGUCCGGCGUCGGGAAACGGAAAGAUUAUUAUUGAGGCCUAUCCUGGUCCCGGCGCACUAUCCAGGGCGCUGCUUACCUUGCCGAAGUCCAAGGUUCGGAAACUCAUCAUCCUAGAGGAUCAUGAGCAAUAUCUCAAGUUCCUCCGUCCUUUAGAAGAGGCCGAUUCACGUGUCAAAGUCAUCCCACUCUCAGGUUUCAAUUGGGACACUUACAGUCACAUAGAAGACUUGGGACUUCUGGAUGACGUAGAGACACAUGCGUGGGAGACCCUACAUCCCCAACUUCAUUUCAUCAGCCACCUUGAACACUCAAUUAAGGGAGAGCAGCUGAUAGCACAGUUGUAUCGAUGCAUUCCCGAAAAAACGUGGCUAUUCAAGUAUGGUCGAGUGCCCAUGAGUCUUAUUGUCAAUAAUUGGGUUUGGUCGCGCAUAUCAUCUGGGCGUGGGAAGGCCUCUCGUUGCAAAUUAACUGUGAUCGCUGAGGCAACUUCCGAGUCCAUGCCAUCACUCGCGUCCGAGACUCUCCAGCCAACCGGAGAGCAUUUUUUUCCUCCUCUCUCGACUGAAUCACGCCGUUCUGUUCCGCUGCAUGCCAUCAACAUCAUACCGCUCGAGGAUCAGAUCAUCACGCGGGGUAUGCUGGAUAAAUGGGAUUAUUGUCUACGCCGUCUAUUCGUUCUCAAGUCUACACCACUGAAGCGCGCUAUCGGCUCGCUAGCCCCCGGCGCCCAAACGUUACUCAAAACUCUCACAGACCCGAACCUCCCCCCCGAGCAGCAUUUCAAUAUCAACAAGUCUCCACGAGAUCUUUCAGUGGCAGAAUGGGCACUACUCCUGCGCGCGUUCGACGACUGGCCGUUCGCUCCUGAGGAGUUGCUUAUUACUGACGCAUUUGCACGUCACAACAGCGUCGGGCGGAAGAGCCAUUGA